AUGCGCAAGGUCGUUUUAUACACCAUCGUUUACAACAACAAAAUCAAUGCCGGUUCUGUUUCUUUCGAUGACGACUGCAGCCAGGUGCAAUGCCCUCCAGAAACUAGUACCUGCCCGCCAGAUAGCGUGGAGCUUCAACCACCCCCCGUCAUCGAAAUGCUCUACGGUCCCGAUGAAUUCAUGCCACCACAUGAGUUCUAUGAUGAUGCUGAAGAUUCAACUGCUCUAAUCGACCAGCAUUACGAUGAAUUGCCGUUACAUGAGAGCGCAGUUACGAUACCAAGCAAUACCAGUUCACGGACAGCCUCAACAUCGCCGACAAAUACCACGCCAAGUGAGCUACCUAACAGUCAAGCUGCUAAAGUUUCAGAUGCAGAAAAAGACUUAGAAGCUGUGCGCAUGAAACGGGAACUUAGCUUUGACAAUGAAAAUACAGAUGGCAUUGACGAGCACGAAGAGCUGAUGCGUAUGUGCUGCGCCACAAUGACGGAAGAGAAUCGUCGACGACGACGAAGACGUCGCCGCUCUAGUACAACAGAUGACUGCGAGUGCAAACCUUGCAGUGCGAUACCGCAGUGCCCAAACGAUGAAGUAGCGAUUAAAGUACAUGAAGCUGCUGGAACUCCAGGCGACUGCUGUCCCACUUAUACUUGUGCGCCGAAGCCGAAGUGUGAUGAUGUCGAUGCGCAAGCUUAUUGGCGAGAUUCGUGUACUCGUUGCAGCUGUUACGGUUCGAAAGGUAUGGAACUUUGUCACAAUGAAUGUCCGGAAAUGGAGGAGCAAGAAGCACAGCGCAGUUGUUUCUCUGCACACCUGCAGGAACCUAUGUUGCAUGGCAGUGACUGGUAUGAGAAUGAUUUUUGUACAAAAUGCCAUUGCGAAAAUGGUGUGCGAGAAUGUGUGGAAAGUUUGUGUAAGCCAGUCACAUGUAGUAAUCCGAUAAAAGUAUCGAGACAAUGCUGUCCACAGUGUCCAACGAGUGAGGAAAAUAUUCUUAUUGCUCGUGAGAACUCAACACACUCUAGUGAUACAAGUUCGACUGAGCAGGUACGGCAGAGUGAAAUGAAAACAAGUACCAUUGCUGUAUCGUCGUUAUUUGAUGAGCGAGUGACAACGGAAACGACUACUACGCCUGCGUUGUCUUCUAAUGCGACCAUAGAUAAAACGUCCACUGAAUCUUCAACGGAACCAAUUGGUGUGCGAAAUCAAACGACAAGCACGGAAGCGAUUACGGAGCUCAUGUAUUCAUCCACAAUUACGUCCGAAACGUCUGCUAGCAGCACUGAAAUGUUAACUACUUCCAGACAAAUUGACGACAUUGCAGCUGAAAUCUACUUUGGCCCGGUAAGCUAUCCUCCAAUAGAAGACAACAGUGCAUCGACUCAGGAGAAAAUAGACGAAGUAUCUGAAAGUGCUUCACAGCCCUCAACUGCUGCGCAGGCAGACACAACUUCGUCUACAAUGACAAGUCAAAUGGAAAUUACCGAACCAUUAGCAACAACAACUACCGAGCGCACAAGCAGUCAAAUGUCAUACACUGAAAGCUCGACAAAGGAAUUAUCGAUAAGUACUGAGACAACAAAGGUCCUCAGUACCACGUUAAGUACUUCAAUAGAAGAAACUACAUCAAUAUCAGCUGCAAUUAUAACUAAUGAAAGAGUAUCUACCACGAAAGCUUCACAGGAAAAUACUGCUACCAGCAACACUACCGAAUCUACAAUUCAAGCAAACUCCCGGCUAAGUGAGGUCACAACAACGCAAUCGGAUUACAUCACUGGUUCCACAACUACGUCUCCGACAACUGCGUCUCCGACAACUGCGUCUCCGACAACAGCGUCUCCAACAACUGCGUCUCCGACAACAACGUCCCCGACAACUGCGUCUUCGAACGCUGCUUCACCUGCAUCUGUUGUCGCUGUUGAUAUUAGUUCUACACACACUAACGCCGCCUCAACCAGUUUGCCCUAUUCCAGCACAGCAAAGCCAUUGACUUCCCUCACAUCCACCACCAGUUCUCCCUACUCCAGCACCUCAGCUCCGCCAGUCGCUUCAACAACCGUUUAUUGGUAUACUUUCUCUACGUCGGCGCCCUCACCGCCCGUACCCCAGCCCACCGUCUAUCAGCCUAGUGUACGCACAUUCUUUACACGUCCAGAAGUUCGCUACAUUGGCGCAACUGUUUUCUUCGCCUUUCUUGCCAUCUGCGCAUUGGCGGUGUGGAAAUUUUGUAUGCCUCCACGCAGCACUAGACUAAAAAAUCACUAUAGAACGGUACCCAGCUCAGAGGCGACCAGUUUGAGUCACAGUCCGACUACGUCGCAUUCCUCUAUGGCAUAG